AUAUUUUGUUGCUUUGGAUAUGAGCAAAUUUUCAUGAUUUUUGUGAUGCAGUUUGUCAAGAAUGUCCAUGAUAUGAUGGUCAGAACAAUGUACCAAGUACCAGGCAAUGCAAAGUUUCAAGGUGAAAAUAGUUUGGUAGAGGGGCUGACUAUUGAGAAGAAGGGAAAAACAUUUAAAAUAUUUCCAGGGAAAGUCUCUGAUGAUCAAAUAACUGCUAUCCAGGAUGCAUAUUGGAGCAUGGCAUCCGCAUUGGAAGAGGCUGAUGGCAUUGACUACACCAAUCCGGAUGAGUUGGAAUUACUAGUGGCAACUCUAUUAGAUAUGGAUGCAAUUGAUGGCAAAAGUAGUGCUACCCUUCUUGCAGAGUGUUCAAGCUCUCCUGAUGUUGGUACAAGGCAAGCACUAGCAAAUGCACUGGCAGAUGCUCCAUCAAUGUGGACUCUUGGCAAUGCAGGAAUGGGAGCCCUACAGAGAUUAGCACGUGAUAGCAAUCCAGCUGUUGGAGCUGCCGCAUCCAAAGCUAUAGAGGAGCUGAGGAGACAAUGGCAAAUAGAAGAAGGAGACACUUUGCUUUUUAGUAUGGAUGAAAGAUACUUAAAUACAGAGAUCGACAAGGAAUCAGAUAAAUGUUAGCGUAUCUUUGAGGACAUUUAGGAUUAAACAUGUAUAUUUUCUACCUUCCUAACAAACAAUGUAUAUAUUAAAAGUUUAUCAUACAAUGUAACAACAAACAACUGAAGUAGGUUCACCUGGCCUGGCUUUGGCGUAUAUCAAAUUCGAGGCUUCUACAAGCCUGGUAGUAUGAAUGUUCAAUCAAAUUUAUUUUAGUCUGA